CCACAAUCCUAGCUGUCUGGUCGUGAAGAGAUCCCGUUGAAGCGUUUUCUUCUUCCCUGAGCUACAUCUGGUCGUAGUAUCCGCGGCCAUAUGUAAUUUAACCUCAUUCAUUCCAGCCGCUCUGUGCUCCUUCACUCUCGGUGACAGAGGACUGCAUGUUCUGAGGGAGGAGAGCUGCCUGUGUCUCUCAGGGUCGUCGUGUUGUGGACGUGUGUUCGGAGUAGGCUCGGUGACUGUGUGGGCUGGGUGCUGACAGCACGAUGAUCGAACGACCAGAGACUGUGGUUCCCAGCAUCGCUCAGCGGAACCUGGAGGGCUAUGUCGGCUUCGCUAACCUCCCCAACCAGGUGUAUCGGAAGUCAGUCAAAAGAGGGUUUGAGUUCACGCUAAUGGUUGUCGGUGAAUCCGGUCUGGGGAAAUCAACACUCAUUAACUCUCUGUUCCUGACUGAUCUGUACUCCAAGGACUACCCUGGACCCUCCCAGCGCAUCAAGAAGACCGUGCAGGUGGAGCAGUCCAAAGUGCUGAUUAAAGAAGGUGGAGUCCAGCUGACACUCACCAUCGUUGACACACCAGGGUUCGGAGAUGCUGUUGAUAAUAGCAACUGUUGGCAGCCGGUCAUAAACUACAUUGACAGUAAGUGUGAGGACUUUCUGAAUGCAGAGUCGAGGGUGAACCGCAGAUCAAUGCCAGACAACAGAGUCCACUGCUGCCUUUAUUUCAUCGCACCCUCUGGACACGGGCUGAAGCCGCUGGACAUCGAGUUCAUGAAGAGACUUCAUGACAAAGUCAAUGUAAUCCCUCUUAUUGCCAAAGCUGACACUUUAACUCCAGAGGAGUGCCAGCUCUUUAAGAAACAGAUAAUGAAAGAGAUUCAGGAACACAAAAUAAAAAUUUAUGAAUUCCCAGAUACGAAGGAUGACGAGGACAACAAGCUCAUCCGAAAGAUCAAGGAGAAGAUGCCUCUGGCAGUGGUCGGCAGCAAUGUGGUUGUUGAAGUGAAUGGAAAGAAGGUCAGAGGUCGUCAGUACCCAUGGGGCGUGGCAGAAGUGGAGAACGGAGAACACUGUGACUUCACUGUGCUGCGAAACAUGCUGAUCAGGACACACAUGCAGGAUCUAAAAGACGUCACCAACAACAUGCACUACGAAAACUAUCGUAGCAAGAAACUUGCUGCCGUCACCUGUAAUGGAGUGGACUUGACCAAGACCAAGGGACAGCUCACCAAGAGUCCCCUGGCCCAGAUGGAGGAGGAGCGCAGGGAGCAUGUGAUGAAGAUGAAGAAAAUGGAAGCAGAAAUGGAGCAGGUCUUUGAAAUGAAGGUGAAGGAGAAGAAGCAGAAACUGAAGGACUCAGAGGCUGAGCUGGAACGACGCCAUGAACAGAUGAAGAGGAACUUGGAGGCGCAGUACAAAGAGCUGGAGGAGAAGAGACGGGUUUAUGAGGACGAGAAGGUCAACUGGGAGGCUCAGCAGAGAAUCCUGGAGCAGCAGAAACUGGAUGCCUCCAAGACGAUGGAGAAGAACAAGAAGAAAGGAAAAAUCUUUUGAAGAGAAUCCCGAGCCGCUCCUUCAGUUUUAUAUAAGCUCGUUUUCUCUUCCUCUGGAGUUCACAUCUACUGUGACCCAUGUAACAUACACACAUCAACAGAUUUAACUCAACACAUCCCACAGAGUUCUUCUGAGAUAACAUUCACCCAUGUGACAUGAACAUCAUACACACACACACACAUUAAAAUGCCAAUGUGCUCGUCUGUCUGCAUCUGUUGAAAUCUCUUUCUUUCCAUGGAGAAUGCAUGUUUUUGUGAAAUUCUAUUUUCCUAUAUUUCCUGACAAAGAGGAGAAGCUCGAGUUCCUCUGAGCGACAGUAUGGCAGGGACCAUGCAAAGCCAUUUGUACACAUGUAGUAGUUAUUGUAUGUUCUCUACAUAUUCCAUAGAUAUGCAGGUAGACGUUCUAUCCCUCUCCUCAGUGCUCUUUUCUUUUACUGUUCUCAGAAAAGUAACACAAGUGUCCACACAUAAAACACUCUCAUGAAGACCUGAGUGAGAGUAGAAGAAGAAGAAGGGGGAGCGUAUGUGAGUGAAGAUAUCAGAUCAGGCGACAGCUGUGGCUGCAGAAUCCAAAAGGACAUGAGGCCCGCUCACACUAUAGAAAUGGCACGGGGAAAUUUGUCUUCUUAUGCAAGCUUGUUGGUCAUCUGAGAGCUAACUGCUAACAUGUGAGCUAGCUGGAAACAUGCUAGUCCUAAUGAGUCACAGUGACCUCUUCAGCUGUGGUUCAUGUUUGGCUUGAGUUAUUAUGUUUGGAGUAAGAAAGGCUGAAAAAAGCUCAGACAAGGAGCUCCCCAGAUGCUAGUCUGCCAACUAGUUAGCCCGGUCAUUGGUACAAAUAAGGCUUUGAUGAAAUCAUUGAGUUCUCCUUGUCUCACUUUCUUCUUCACUUCAAAAUGUUAUUUAGUAACAAAAAAUAACAAGUUUCUGGUUUGCAAACAUUUUGAAUACGAUAAUUAGAUCAGCUGUGAAUCUUUUUUGCAAAUUCUAAAUAUAUAUUUGUACUGUCGGCUCCUGUUUCGUAACCGUCAACUACGACCUUUUAUUACUACGACAGAAGAGAUCACACCACAUAGCAAAGAAGCUAACAUAGCCUCCUCUGUUUUAGACUCUUUAAUGCGCAGUAUCCUUUAAAGCUUGGGGUUGGUAGUCAGAUUUAGAUCCACUUUUUGUUAUACUGGUUAAAAUGAUCUUUAUGUCUCGAUGGCAAUCAAUACAUAAUGUGUUCUUAAAAAAGAGGUAAAAAAAGCUGCUAUCUACAGCCGGAGUAAACCUGGGAAAACACCAACCAAUCCCUGCCAUCAGGAGCCAAAUUAUGACACCAAUCAGAUCCCGUCCUGCCGUUCUGCCCGUCUCCUGCAAAGCGUAUAUUUCAUGUUUGUUUGUGUUUUUAACUUUCACUGUGAGAAUGUUUUGGUGUUUUCUUACCGCUGAGUGAGACAUGAGUUGACGUAGUGCAAAACACAAACCAUGUGCUGAGGACCGAUUUUGAAUCAGUCACCAUCAUAUGGUCGUGAAUCAGCAGCGCUCGUGCAUGUGAGCGGGGGCGUCGUUUUGGAGGAGCUCCAAGGGGAGGGGGGGAGGGGUUAGACAGAGUCCUGAGAAAAUGCUACAUUCAAAUUCAUGCUAGUUUUCUGUGACUACCAACCCUAGCUUUAAGACAGCUCAACAGAGUCAAUUUGUGCUCGAAGUCUCACCAUAGCAGGAAAGAAUCUGCCAUUGAAGUGAUAGUGUGAGUGGGCUUUAAGACGGGGUUGUGCCUCACUGCAGAGGCAGGUGUGGGGUGUGAGUGUAUAAGCAGGUGGUGUUUCAUGAAGGCUGUGUCUGAGGUUAAAGAGACUGUGAGGUCUGAACCAGACGGUAGAGGAAUGCAGAUAGAAAUGUUGUUUAACAGCUGCCAUAAUUUCAUCAUUGCAGUGUCUCCUAUUGAAUUAGAAAACAAUAUGCAACAGCUGACAGUGAUUUAUAAAGGUGUUUUAUAUUGUGAAGUAAGUGAUGGAUGUUGUCAUAGAACCCUGAUCCCUGCAGUCCAGCUUUGUGUGAGAUUGUCCCUUCUGUGUGUAAAUCCGCCAAAGGGAGAAUUCAUCAGAUAGCUGAACUACUCCUUUAACCCUCUCUGAAGUUUGCCAAUUCAGCCAUAGCUUUGGCUCUGACUGUACUGUGCAGUGUUACACACAAUGCUUCCACACAUGGUGACACAAUAAUCCCUCUGCUGCUCUCCAAAUAUUGAAGUCCAGAGUCAGGAGCACUGAGCUGCAACACUUUUGAACCUUUGAUAUACAUUUCCCAGAGUGGUCACAUUUUAUUUUCAUAUGAUAAUGAUAUUAACAUUACUUUAUGUAUGUUUAAAAUGACUCCUCUGAUCCCGAGUAAGGACUCUUAGAUGAACCUGUUAUUUUGGUGUAGUUUUUCAGGCUGCCUGCAUUUAAAGCAAACCCUAAUGAGACACACCUCUCCCUGUCAGCACAUAGAACAUGACCUAUAUGGAAAUGCAUAUAUAGUGUACAUACUGGAGGCUGCUUGGUGGCCUUUUUCUUUUUUUUUUUUUCUUUCAAGAUUAUUAGAUGCCAGGUAAAAAAAAAGAGAACCUGUUAAACAUGUCUUAAGAAUCCAUGGAUACAUUUCCUUCAUAUACACACGAAUAUAUACUGUGUGCAUCUAUGCCAAUGAGUACAACUUCUCAGGACCGCUCUGUUGUGACAUUUUCUCUUUAGGUCCAGAGGAAAGCAUUACAAGAAAAAAAAAAGAUGUGAUUGAUUUUAUUCUUUGAAUUAUUCUAAACCACUCGCCCUUCUAAUAACACCAACUUAAGAUAGACAGAAGUGAAGGUGGCUUUUUGUAAUAGUUUCUUUUUUAUAUGUACACUGUUUUCUGCUUCUUUUCUUUGUUUUAUUAUAUGUUCUAUCUCUAACUGUACAUGGUUAAUAUUAAAGUUGACAAGGUUAUGCUUUAA